CGAUGACGGACGGAUCCAAAGGCUUCGAUUUUGGAUUUCCGUUCGUUUGGCCCAGGUCACCAUCCAGUAAGUAAGUGUUCAGCAGUUACCUGCAGGUCGUCAACGACAGCGCACAGCACAGUUAGCAUGAAAAGGAAACAGCGAAGAUACAGGACAACAUUCAACUCGCUACAACUACAGGAACUGGAAAGAGCCUUUCAGCGAACCCACUAUCCGGACGUGUUCUUCCGGGAGGAGCUGGCCGUGCGGAUAGAUCUAACGGAAGCACGUGUUCAGGUGUGGUUUCAAAAUCGUCGCGCAAAGUGGAGAAAAAGUGAGAAGGGAGUUGGGGGGGCAAGUGACAGUAGGGACGAGGAGGGCGAAAGUGAACCGGGACUGGCCACGACGAGUGGAUCGAUGCCUGCCAGUCAGCUACGAUCAUCCUCCGUCGAUGUCGAUAUGGGAACGCCUAGCUUCGAUAACGUUUCACACAGCCUGAAUCUAGGCAACAUGGGUCUGAAUCUGCAGGACAGCACUUCACAUUCGACUUUUGACACGGAGGGAAAAAUGUCUCUGGGGCAGCUUUCGCCGAAUCGAUUAUCACCGAAUUUGUUCUUGAAUCUCAACUUCGAUCACACGAGUACGAUCGAUGGCAGGGGUGGAAAUUUGACCUUCGAGUGGAACACAUUUCCAACUACGAGUAGCACAGCGAAACCAUACCCUAGCACUGUAACGGAUAUGAACGGAACUCCGCUCGGAGGAUCUUCAACCCUGGGGUUGCUGUCGUCCAAUUGUGGGUCCUCAUCCUCGGCCACGCUGUCCGGUGGAUUACAUUUCCUGAACCUCAACAGCCUAGUCAAUUCAUCACCACCUCCAUCCAGUUCCGUCUACGAUGACGAAAUGAAAUUCCUAAACGUGGAUCAAUUCAACAUGGAUAGCUUCAAAAACGAGUCACUCUUCAAUCUAGAUCAAACGCUGCUUGCCCCAAGCGAUCACCACUCACAUCUUGGGGCUCUCCAUGGCCAGAAUCUUCAUUUGCACUCCAGUACGAUCACCAGCCAUAUGCAGACUCAGCACAAUCCCAUGGGACUUGGCUGUCAUCAGGAGGAAAAAUCACACCUAGGAUUAGAUUUGAACAAUUUUACACUGCAUGAUCCCGAACCGGAUAAAUCCGACAAAUCUCCAGGCUCCGAACUGCUGGAUCUAGAAAAACCAAUCAACAUCAACAUCAACGUAGAUAGUUUGGAUCACCUGGAAGACGACAAAUACUAACAUUUACUAACGAUAAGUUUUUCCUCAGUGCCAUUAGAAUCUUCCUAACCAAUCUAGUCAAAUUUGACCCAAAAUAACAAUCAAUUAGUUUUUGUUUUAUAUAGAGUACAAUCUGUUGAAGUUAGCAAAUAGUUACCGUCAUAAGAAAAUAAAAACCCACCAUGUUCAGCAUUGUUAACCAUUAAAAAAAACCAAAAUAAAUACCCUCAAAACAGAA